CUACAAAAAAAAAACCGGGAUGAAUUGAAAAGAGUUGUUUUAGUUACAAGUGAAGUAAGACGCCCUUCCGCCUUCGAUGUUUCCAGAUUUCCAGCAAAGACGCCCUUCCGUUAAGAAACUACUGUAUCUGUAGUCGUCUUGUCUCUCUACUCGUCGCAUCUUUGGGGUUAGUUUAGCUCCCGUCUUGGCUGUGUGAAGAAAAGUGUCGAAUGGCCACCACCGUUAUGCCGGCGGUGGACGUGCCUAGUGGCUCCUGGAGGAUGUCUUCAUCGGCCGACUUGAAGAACAACGACGUUUCAGACUAUAGGGUGAAAUUGCAUCAAGAGUUUCACUUCUUUUUGCGGAGCAUGCUGCAAGUCUGCCCGGCUAUGGAUUGCGAGGUCAGUCACUACAAUCAGCAGCACAUUCUAGGGGAGCGGCCAGCAGGAUCGGCAUUGCAUCGAAGCCCGCGAUCAUUGCAGGAAGCCGAAGAUUUGAAUAGUGUCGUCGUUGAUGUGGGCCAGGUGGACGAACAAGUGGCCACAUUGUGGUGGGCGUUGGCCCAGCAAACAGCUCGCGUUGCCCGCCGAUGUACGGACAAGAGCAACACAACCCCGUUGCCGAUUGUUGUUGAUGCAAUUCGAUCCCAUCCAGGCGGCUGGAAUGCGUGGGCUCCGGUGACGUCGCUUUCAUCACGUCCCGGCACCGAACCAACCGACUCCAUCCCCGGCUGCAUCGCCUCAAAGGCCGCAGUCGUCGAUCUGACGCUGUCGGGCUGGAACAGCAGCAGCAGCAGCUCAGGUAGCUCAUCCCAGAUUCUCAGUGAGACCAUGUCGACGACGCCGAUGAGUUCACCGCGCUUGGUGCGCGAAAUUUGCGAAAAGUAUCCGCCGUCUGGCGCCGGCCAGCGUCCGUCCUCGGCCACUCCACAACUGCAGUCGUACGUCUACGAGACGUCGCCGUCGGAUUCGAAAGGCGUCCAGUUAUUGCGUUACGUUCGCGUCUCACAGAGCGCCAGCGUCGACCCGUUACCAAGUGAGGGCCAGUUACGAGGUUCCAUGCGCCGACCGAAAUCGGAAGUCGCCAUCCGCAAAUUUUCCGACAGUUCCGGUCAACAGCAAAAUGACGACGCUUCCAGCUCGGUGGAUUGUGUCCAGUACGAGAGCCAAGAUCUCGGCCGAGAUUAUGAAGAACCAGCGCUUGGCUACUCACCCAUCGUCGUGGUGGCCAUAGAUUUUGGUACCACAUAUUCGGGCUAUGCGUUCAGCUUUAUUCACGACCCGGAAGAAAUUCAUAUGAUGCGCAAAUGGGAAGGUGGCGACCCAGGGAUUCCCAAUGCCAAAACACCAACGGUGCUUCUACUGAAACCGACUGGACAAUUCCAUUCGUUCGGUUACACGGCCCGUGAUUAUUAUCACGACCUGGCUGCCCGCGACACUCGCCAAUGGCUCUACUUUGACAAAUUCAAGAUGACCCUACACCACCAAAAGCAGCUGGGCAGGAGCACUCUGAUUCAAGCCGCCAAUAAAGUCGACUCGUUGCCCGCCGUCACCGUGUUCGCCCACGCUUUGCGCUUUUUCAAAGAACAUGCGCUUCGUGAGCUUUCCGAUCAGACGGCCAUCCCCAUCCACAAUGAGGAUAUCCGCUGGGUUAUCACCGUUCCGGCCAUCUGGCGUUCAGCGGCUAAGCAACUGAUGCGUGAGGCAGCCUAUGAGGCCGGCUUAGGUUCUGAUCGUUUACCUCAGCAAGUGCUGAUUUCACUGGAACCCGAGGCCGCCUCACUUUUCUGUCGCCAAUUGAAACGACAUCAACUGAAAACCGAGAGACCGGCCGACCUUCAUUUAACUCCGGCCAAUUCCGUCAAACCGGGACCUGUGAAACCAUGGAACCGAAAUAUGCAAAGAGAUUCUAUGUACGUCGACGCUGUGCUUGACGUUUGUCCAGGUCAGCGCUACAUGAUUGUCGAUUGCGGAGGUGGUACCGUCGAUAUAACCGUCCAUCAGGUCAUGGAUUUGGAUGGUCAACAUCUCAAAGAACUUCAUCGGGCCACUGGUGGCCCUUAUGGAUCUAUUGGUGUGGAUUUGGCAUUUGAGCAACUGCUGGAUAAUAUUUUCGGUUCUGAUUUCAUGAACCAUUUCAAAACGCGUCUUCCAGCGUCGUACGUCGACCUGAUGGUUUCUUUUGAAGCUCGCAAGCGUCACGCCAGCCCCUACCGCUGCAAUCCACUCAACAUUGCGUUACCUUUCUCACUGAUUGAUUGUUUCCGCAAAUAUCGUGGGCGUGAAGUGGAAUUCGCCAUCCGCAAACACGGAGAUCCGCACGUCCGCUGGUCCACCCAAGGAAUGCUUCGUCUCGAUCAGGAAGCUAUGAAGUCUCUUUUCCAACCCACUCUACGUGCUAUCAUCGAGCACAUUGAGGAUGUUUUAAUCCAUCCGGACCUGAUUGGAAUUGAUUACCUCUUCUUGGUUGGAGGUUUUGCCGAAUCACCUCUUCUGCAACAAGCUGUCCGGACACAUUUCGGAGAACACGUCACCGUUAUUAUCCCCCAGGAUGUGAGUCUUGCCAUCCUGAAAGGAGCCGUCCAAUACGGAGUGAACCCACACGCCAUCACAGUACGCCGUUCGCGCUUGACCUAUGGUGUUGCCGUCCUCAACCGUUUCAUCCAGGGCCGUCACCCGAUUGAUAAACGCGUCAUCAAAGAUGGCAUCGCCUACUGCAAGGACAUAUUCGAUAAAUUCGUCAUGGCCGAUCAAAGUGUUAGCAUGGGCGAGCGUGUCAUACGCAGUUACAGCCCGGCUAGACGCCACCAGCGGCGCAUCGUUCUCAACGUCUUCAGCGCCGAUAAUGACGACGUCCAGUCGGAACCAUUCGGAUGGUUCUUGGUUACUAACCAAGUAACGACUUAUGCAGUUUGUUACGGAUCCUGGUGUCCGUUUGUUUGCUACCCUCUCACUCGACCUGGGCUUCACCUACGCGGUCAAAACACGUCGUGAAAUCCGCGUCACGAUGGAAUUCGGCGACACGGAGAUACGCGCCUCAGCCGUCGACGUUUUUAGUGGCAACACCAUCAAGGCUUCCUUCGACUUUCUCGACGACAAGCCGCAAUAGACACGGAGCACUACUGACAGCCACUGCAAACAAGACCUCACAACAACAAACUGUAGCAGUAUUCUAAUCCUGUUUGAUCCUUUCCUAGCCAAAAUGUUAUAACUUUCCACGGCACUUUUUGACAUCUACAACAGCUUCUUUUGCUCGGAAUUUUUUUUAAGAGCACGAUCCUCAAACAUAAUUGGAGUUUCUCUUUGAUUCGACACUUUUUACAAACCAUCAUCACGCGGAAUUGUUAAGAAGAGAAUACAUAUUAUUCUAAUGCUUGA